CCACGCCACGCCACGCCACGCCUCGCCUCGCCUCGCCUCGCCUGAGCCACAAGCCUUUAUAAAUAGAGGCUUCAAAAGCUCAGAGCGUUGAUUGUCGCCCCUAAGCAGACUCAACAAAAUCUCUCUGCCUCGCCAGCUAUGGACCCAUACAAGCACCGUCCAUCAAGUGCUUACAAUGCUCAGUUCUGGACUACGAACUCUGGUGCUCCUGUUUGGAACAAUAACUCCUCCUUGACAGUUGGACCAAGAGGUCCAAUCCUCCUUGAGGAUUACCAUCUGGUUGAGAAACUUGCCAACUUUGAUAGGGAGCGGAUUCCAGAACGUGUUGUCCAUGCAAGGGGCGCCAGUGCUAAGGGUUUCUUUGAGGUUACUCAUGACAUCUCUCAUCUUACAUGUGCUGAUUUUCUCCGUGCCCCUGGAGUUCAGACACCUGUGAUUGUCCGUUUCUCUACUGUUAUCCAUGAGAGGGGCAGUCCUGAAACCCUGAGGGACCCUCGAGGUUUCGCGGUGAAAUUUUACACCAGAGAGGGUAAUUUUGAUCUUGUUGGAAACAAUUUCCCUGUCUUCUUUAUUCGUGAUGGAAUGAAAUUCCCAGAUAUGGUCCAUGCACUUAAACCCAACCCCAAGUCUCACAUCCAAGAGAAUUGGAGGAUCCUUGACUUCUUCUCUCAUCACCCAGAAAGCUUGCACAUGUUCACCUUCCUCUUCGAUGACAUUGGUAUUCCACAAGAUUACAGGCACAUGGAAGGCUCUGGUGUUAACACCUACACUCUCAUCAACAAGGCUGGAAAGGCACAUUAUGUGAAAUUUCACUGGAAGCCCACUUGUGGAGUUAAAUCUUUGUUGGAGGAUGAGGCAAUUCGGGUUGGAGGAUCCAAUCACAGUCAUGCGACUCAGGAUUUGUAUGACUCAAUUGCAGCUGGCAACUAUCCUGAGUGGAAACUUUACAUCCAGACUAUUGAUCCUGAUCAUGAGGAUAGAUUUGACUUUGACCCACUUGAUGUAACCAAGACCUGGCCAGAGGAUAUUAUUCCCCUGCAGCCAGUUGGCCGCUUGGUCUUGAACAGGAACAUCGAUAACUUCUUUGCAGAGAACGAACAACUUGCAUUUUGCCCUUCAAUUGUGGUUCCUGGGAUACAUUAUUCUGAUGACAAACUGCUGCAGACUCGAGUCUUCUCCUACUCCGAUACCCAAAGGCACAGACUUGGACCAAACUAUCUGCAGCUCCCAGCUAAUGCUCCUAAGUGUGUUCAUCACAACAACCACCAUGAAGGUUUCAUGAAUUUCAUGCACAGGGACGAGGAGGUCAAUUACUUCCCUUCGAGAUAUGAUCCAGUUCAUCAUGCUGAGAGGUUUCCUAUUCCUCCUAACAUCUGCACUGGAAGGCGCGAAAGGUGUGUGAUUGAGAAGGAGAACAACUUCAAACAGCCUGGAGAGAGAUACCGAUCUUUUACACCAGACAGGCAAGAACGUUUUAUGUGCCGGUGGGUUGAUGCUUUAUCUGACCCGCGACUGACUCACGAAAUCCGAAGUAUCUGGAUCUCUUACUGGUCGCAGGCUGACAGGUCUCUGGGUCAGAAAUUAGCAAGUCGGUUGAAUUUGAGGCCAAGCAUUUGAAGGGGACAACAACAGGAAAGGGAUCAGAUGCCUUUGAUUUUGAAGAGGGAGGAAAAAAGAGUAAACACAAAAGCAGAGGGGGAGAUAAAAGCAUAAACUCAAGAGUUAAAUCCUUUGGUAUAAUGUUUGUGUAAUACUGAGUGUCAUGUGACAUUAUAAACCUUGAUGAUGCAUGCUGCUUGAACAUAAUAAAACAUGGUUGUAUGUUUCGUAGCCUU